AUGGCUUCGCCUCAUGUUUCCUACCUGGUCUCUCUGAGUACUUUGUCAGUACUUUUAGUGGUAUUCAACGUUUUUGUUUGCUGUAUGGUUUGCAUGAACAAAGCCCUAAGGACAUACACAAAUGGGUUUGUAGUGUCACUAGCUCUGUCAGACAUUUUAACAGGAGGAGUCGUUAUUCCGAUGGUACUAAGCAAGCCUUCAUCUCUGGCAACCGCUUUUCUAUCGAGCAUUAUUGUCUUCUCUUCUAGUUGUAACUUAUCCUCGGUAACGUACGCUCGCUAUGAUGCCGUCAUGAAACCACUGAGAAGCCGAUACCUGGUACCAAAGAUGUUCAAAAAAGCCGUUGUAUUCUCGUGGCUAAUGCCAAUAAUCUUCUCCUCACCUCCGCUGUUUUGGAACACAAAUUAUGAACUUCAAAUACACAAAGUGUACAUCAUAUGCGCUCAGAUAUUCGGCUUUGUCGUCCCAUUUGUCUUUAUUGCUUUUGCCUACGUUCAAAUAUUCAAAGAAGUUCGACGCAGUUUGGCAUUGCAAAAAAAAUUUCAGGUACAAUCUCCGCAAGAGAGGACGAACGAAAGAAGACGCUUGUCAAAAGAAAUUAAGAUAGCGAAAGUAUUCUGCAUAAUCUCAGCAAUUUUUCUUUUCUGUUGGCUGCCUGUUAUUUACAUGACAACUGCCCAAAUAGUGUUCAGCCGUUCUGAUAUAAUUCCCGAUUUUAUGCCAACUGUUUCUUUGUUCACCAUGGCGAUUAAUUCCCUUGUGAAUCCUGUUAUUUACGCUUUUCUCAAAGCUGAUUUUAUAAUUCCCAUUCGCAUUUUCUUGCGAAGUCUUUUUCGGGGACAAGGUUGCCGGAAGCAGAAGUUGGUAGGGAUCGAAAUGAACACCUUGAAUCCUAUAAAAUAA